AUGUCCGGUUUUGACCAGCGCGUGCAGUUAAGAUUCCGAGACCGACUAUUCAACCUGCAUGUGUCUGGCACCAUCAUGACUGCUGUCACAACUUCUCCAGACAAUAAUAAAAAUCCAAACCACACUCCAGAAAAUUCAGAUUCUCAACCAAACUUGGUAGUUUCUCUUGAGGAAAUGCCCUCAUCGCUGUUUUCGUCUGAAAGUCCUGCCAAUAUUUGGACUGCAGAGUUUUCUGCCAGUUAUAUUGAGGAUAUUACAAUCAAAACUGGUAAUUUCAAAAAAUUCUCGAUAUUUGUCGAAAUGCUCCUGAGUGCCAUGCAACGACCAAACUCGACAGUUUCGCUGGAUCUGCUGACUUGGCAAGACUUGGAUGCAGUAAAAAACAGCGGUUUGCCAAACCGAACCAAGCAAUUUGAUGAUGGUAAAAUGUAUUUGAUCAUAACAUACGCUGUUGCGUUUGAUAGAGUUCAUUAUCCUCUACCACUUGUCAAACAAAAUUCGCCAAAGCUAUCCAGUAAUGAUGCACGACAAAAACAGCUUCUUCAAGACAUGGCUAGCCUUUUAAAAGAAAAUGACAAGUUGAGGUAUCAGAUCAAGUCAAUGGAGCUAGAUGCACACACCGCUCAACCCUCACACAAUACUCAAAGUACUCAAGCAGAAAACGAAUUACAGUCAGUCCUAGUAACUAUUCGUAGAAAGUUGCGAGAGACUUUGCGUAGAUAUCCUCGAGACCGAUUCAGUCAAUCUGCAUACGAUGGACUUUAUAAAUCUUUGAACGAUAUUUUUGAGCUUGCUCAGAACUACCAUUGCAGCAAUCAGUCUGUAAAAGCCACCUCUAAACCACAAAGAUCUUCUCAAUCCAGCACACACAAAAAACAUCAAGUACGAUCCUAUUCAAACUCGAGUGCUCGAUUGAAUCGUCAUUCAUCGCCUCAGCUUUCUGAACGGAGUGGAUAUAAAGUCAUCAAGUCAGAGCCAUUGGUGGCAACUCGGCACGAUCCACCAAUUCGAAAAUCAAACUCUUUGCGAUCAAAUAGUCGGAAGCCAUCCAUGUCACCUUUUCGUCGAUUUGAUCCAACUCAGUAUAUACUAGAUAAAGAGCGCAAGCAAGCAGACAAACGAUCACUUAGAAAUAUUAAAGUUCGUGACAAUACACAUCAGGGAAGAUCCAGCUCGAAACGCAUACCUACUUAUUCUUCACAGACACGUGAAAGCAGUAUAUCCAUAAAUGGAGAGCGAUCGAUAUCCAAAAGCCGACCAUCGUAUUUGCAACCAGGUCCGACUAAAAAAAAGUAUCUUGAUGAAAACAGUCCAACAGACGAUACUAUUGAAAGUCGUUUAGCUCAGUUACAAAUGUACCUCGCUUCUGUGGUUGAUUAA